AUGAACACAAAUCCUGGAAGUUAUGUUGGUGAGGAGGACUUGGAUUGGGAGAUCGUUCCUUUCGAUUGGUGGAACACCUCGUUCAUGGCAGUCUCGUGGUCCUACAACUAUCUGCAAGGCAGUACACCACACCGAACUCGCUUUCAAGGCUCGCUUUUUGUUUCUGAAAAAUCGACGUUGGGGUGUUCGCCUUCGCCUGUAGAUCUUUCUCCCAGAGUCUUGAGUAAAGCACGCCGAAGUUCCGAAGAAGACGAUGAAUUGAAUUUGGAAUUGGUUGGGGUGAAGUUUGCCUUGGAGGCCGUUAAGGCAUACGAGAAGGAUGUUGGGUUUGACUUUUUGGACCUUGGUAUUCUGUCGUCGUCGUUGGCAAACAAACUCGAUUUGAGUGCAGACGUUGACGAGAAAGAUUUGCAAGUCGGAAAGGAUCAGUGGAACGAGAUGUUGGAGGAACUGAUGAAUGGCCCGGCCUUUGAAAGCACGACAGAUAGUGAUGAAUCGUUGGAAAGCUCUUUCAUAGAUUCCAUAUCGUCUUAUGGUUCUAUUGACUCAAUUCCCAUGCCGACAACUCCAAAGCCAAAGCCUUACUUCAGCGACGUGGAAAUCAAGACAUCCUCCCCCAGCGGAAGUCCUGAUGGAAACCGGAGGCACGCACCCCACUUGUCACCAACCAGGUCCCUCAGUGCGACGGCGUCUUCAUUCGUCCCCACCUUUUGCUCACAGUUAAGCGACGAGCCCACCCAGUUAGCUUUAUCAUCCGAAAACCCCACAACCCCUCCUUCCCUCUUUUCUCCUUCCUCGGCCUUUGCCAAUUUCACAUUCCCUACAUUGAACCCAGCUUCGCCUUCCGCUACCAAAGUCAAGAAAGACGAUCAAGGCUUCUUCAGCGAUGUGCAGGGCGAUGGUUCGGCAGCUGCACGGUCUUCGUCUGAUUUGUUGCCUGCGUUCUUGCAAAAUCCAUCUCAGCGCAACCGUUCUCGAAAAUCCAGGACCCGUGAAAUCGUUGAUCAGCUUCGGUCUCAAACCGCUCCGGAUUUCACUAAGUCAAGCCCCAAUCUUGACAUUAGCAUGAUUACACCUAAUUAUGCUAGCCUUAGUACAAGUCCAACAAGCGAAGAAGACACGACUGCUGCAAAACCUCGGCUGAGUGUCUCUGAAGAUGGAGGCGGUCCUUCUCGUCUUUCAACACCUUGGGAUGAUGAUGAUGGUUGGAUCGACAUCAGUCAACCUGUCGCUAUGCCUGAAGCUGAACAAAAAUCGAAACGAACUCGAGAGCUUUUCCUUGCUCUCACACGGCGACGGACAGACUCAUCAUCCUCAGGCGAUCCUAAGGAAACUAGGUUAGCAGUGGAUUCUGCACUGCCAAACCCACGCGAUAUGUCAACAUCUCCAUCGCCUGCACCGUCACCGUCACCGUCUCCUUUAAACACAUCCACCUCCAACGCUGCGGCAAGUUCCGAUGGUUGGAUCGAAAGUAAACCUAACGUGCCACCAGAACCGCAAAAGAAGUCCAAGACGGCGCCAUCCAACCCCAAGGAUUCUCACUCACAUUCGCGGAAGAGGUCCUCCCACCACAGCUCCCGCACAUCUAUAUCAUCCACCUCUUCUUCUCAUGUACAAACCUUCAGUGCAGCUUCCCCAUGCUAUCCCCAGCUCUCGCCUACGUUAAUCCCACAUCCACACUCCCAGCACAUGGUUUCUCCUCAAACAGCCGCGUUCCCCUAUUUCUUUCCUGCGUACCCAGCAGUUCCCAUGACUUCUCCUUACGCUGCGGCGUUUUUGCAGAUGCCAGGUUAUCCGAUGGGUAUGCCAAUGCAUGGGCAUGGUGCCCAUCUGGUUCCAACUGCUGGCACAGUUGUUCACCCCAUGGCCGGAAUUCAAUAUAUGAUGCCGACUCUUGGGGCUCCAACGAAGCCUGCUAUGAACAUGGCGUCAGCGAUAUCCUCGCCAAAUGUGACAACGUCUCACAGGGCGAAGCAUACUCUGUGGUGA